AUGCUGUUUUCGAUCCAUCAUCUCCCAUCCAUCGCUUCACAAGCUGCUGAGAAGCUGUCCGGCAUCCGUGUCACUUCCCCUCCCUCUGUGACGAACCUGGGGGCCCCUUUCAUCAAGGCCUGCGGGAGGCUAUUCAGAGCAGAGCGAUUCAUGCGUUUGCGCGGGCCAAAUAAAACAAACGGCGCCUGCCCCUCCCGCCGUCCGACUCUUGUCUCGUUCUUUUUCCCUUCUGCCGUCCGUUUGCUUGCAGCUUCAACUUCCAGUCAUAUUCCGCCUUCCAUAUUUACACACGGGCUGCUCACAACUAAAGUCAACAUCAAUACAUUCACCUCAACUUGCAUCUCCUACUUCUCGCAAGACCCGCCCCAGUUCGCCGACGCCCGUCCGUCCGCUCUCCUCAUCCAUCGCAAAGUGUGCCUGUAA